AUGGAACCGGGACCACCAAAAAAGCGAAAAAUCACCGAUUCCUCGCCGAUUCAAGUUGUGGAUCUCUCCCUAAUCCCUCCUCUUCCAUCUUCGGAUGUUGCUGGACCCUCUACGUCAGAUGGUACGGUAGCUACAGUACCCCAAGGAGUUAUGCCGCAAGGGCAAAUGGAUUCAAAGCUAAGGGAACUCCUCCUCUCCUCACCUGCAUGUUUAUUUGGCCAUCAACCUGUAACGUCUUCAACUGCUUCUGGAGCACCCAAUGGACAAGCGGCUGUUACCAGUUGGGAGAACUGGCUAUGCGUUUUGGCAACCAAUUUAUCACCAGCUCAGUGGCAGGGCUACUGGCUCGCUCACUGUGCCCUAUUCGGAGAGCAGGCAGUUCCUGUUCACAUGCUCAGCUUCUUCCAAGGGCACUUACCAUCAUCGUCGUCUGCGUCUCCGUCAUCUUCAACACUCUCUCAACUUCCAAACGGACCCCAUCCAAAUGACCCGAUUCACGAGAGAUACGGAGAGCGCAAUUAG